GCCAGUGCCCAACUUAAAAAUAAAUGUUUGUGUGCAGCGAGUGCACGUAACUAUUUCUCACAUUCAAUCACACAUCUUACUGCAGCUCAACCACAUAAACAUCAUUUACAUUAGAUGUGUUUCCAUUACCACAAACAAAAUACACUUUCUUAUAUGUCCUUGAUCAUUGUUAUCCUUGUAACGGUUUAUUUAAUGUGUUUGAAGAACUACUUAUGAAUCAGUAUGCAUUUGAGUUAUUCUAUAUUUUACAAUCAUGUGAUGGGAGAAACAAAGCUUUUCGAAGCUUCGAAUCAACUGAACCAUGUUGCUUUGAAAAAUGAUUCACUGUUUCGAAGUGCUUGAAACACCUAAAUAUGGCGCCACCUGCUGGUGAAAACAUUGUAAAAGCAACAAGGUCUCAGUUCAAACAUUUUACACUUUUUAAAAAAUAAUUGCAAAGGUUUUUCUAAAAAAGAAAAGAAGAUAUUUUCAUAAGUAAUUGUAACAACACAGUUGAUGGUUUAUUUAAUAAUGACACGUUUUGUGAUUAUUUUGGUUCUCUGCAGCUGUGGGUCUCCUGUUGACUUUCUAUUUGUAGUCCAAUCGUAAUUAGUCUUUGACAAAAGCCACUCCUCCUUCUUAUACAAUUUAUAAAAAACAAUAAAUCGCCCACCUAAUCUUCUCUUCAACCCUGGUUUGACUCAGUCAAGAAAUGCUGCAUAUUUCAACAUCUUUAAUGCUGUUUGGCACAGGUUUUCUCACAGUUUUAUGUCCAGCGGUCAGUACAGAGGUCCUGCCAGGAGAAAAUGUUGUUAUAUGGUGUGAACACAACAUUCAUGUUUCUGGAAAGCUGUGCUGGUUCAAGCAAACAUCUUAUGCUGUACCAGUAACAAUUGUGUGCAUGCUAUACACAGAGAGUCUUCGUCAAAAUGUGAAACCGCGAUAUUUUGCUAAUUUCACAAUGAAUCAGAUGAUCAUGGAUAUGUACCCUAAAUCCACCUCUUUAACAAUACUGGAUGUGAGAGUUUCUGAUUCUGGCUUCUACUUUUGUGGAGUUGUGGAUUAUCAAAUGAAAUUUGGCAAUGGAAGCAGACUUGAUGUAAAAGAUAAGAAUAUGUCAAGAAAAAAUGACACAGAAACUUUGAAAAAUGAUCAUAAUCAAUCAUCUGUGUCUGCUGAUCAUUGUUCUGAAAACAUCUUUUUCAUCCUGACAUUCAUAUUUGGUGGAUUUAUUAUUUUUACUUUCAAUAUUCUGCUCAUUUUGAUCAUUAUCAGAAAACACAGAAGACUAAAACAGAGAAAAGCUGCUGAACACCAAGCACAACAGCAAGAUUGCAAGGAGCAGGACUCUGAGUCAGUGGAGUAUUCUGCUGUACAUUUCUCAAGAAGAGAAAGACAAACUAAUACAAUAGUUAUGUAUGAGAUGUAUACUGAUGCCACAUAACUCACUUAUUCAAAGUUUUGUUCAUAAUAGUUUUCAUAAAUAACACUUCAUUGUACUGAUAAUAGUACUGUCUUGAUACUCUGUUUUUUAUUAUAUUCUUAAAUAUGUUUAUAGUAUGUAAAUAUAUUGUGUUGAUGGUUCCUUGUUUUUUAACAAUAAUCUUAUUAGACUUACACUGUAAAAAGUGAAAGC